AUGACUACCGAAAAGCAAUCCUCAGGCUUUCUCAAGUUUAUUGCCUUCCUCGACCUCGUCGUCAAACUUGCCGCGACAGGCGCGCUAUUCGGUAUCCUCGUCCUGCUCAUGCAGUUGAACAACAAAUUCGAAAGCAUGCUCGACGGCUCCGAAGCGCUUCGCAUUCGAGUUUCGGAUGCCGCUCCACUGCAAAUAAUCCCUGCGUACACGAGCCAGUUCCAGGUUCAGAUGACGAACAACCAGAAUAACCCCGUGUGGUUCAAGGCGGAUACUUAG